AGAACCCUGGGAGCAAGAGGCAGACAUCUCCCUAGCGAACCAGAAAGGAAGACUCUGUGCGUUCAGUUUCUGUGUUGCUCUGCUUCAACUCAGCUGCAUUGGGAAGUUGCACUUCUGUUGUUUUGAAUUUCUAUUGCAUUGACUGAAGAUGUCCGGUGGACCAAAAGUUUUUAAGAAGACCUCUCCCAAUGGCAAAUUAACCUUAUACCUCGGGAGGCGAGAUUUUGUGGAUCAUGUGGAAUCUGUGGAGCCUGUAGAUGGGAUUGUCUUGAUCGAUCCAGAGUACCUCAAGGAUAGAAAAGUCUUUGUGACCCUCACUUGUGCCUUUCGCUAUGGCCGAGAUGACCUAGAUGUCAUUGGGCUGACAUUCAGAAAGGACAUCUAUGUCCUCAGCAAACAGAUUUUCCCUCCUGUGCCAGACCAGGCACCAAAGACCUUCACUUCAUUGCAAGAAAAGCUGCAGAAAAAGCUGGGAGAGAAUGCCUAUGCCUUCACUUUUGAGAUGGCAACCAAUUUGCCCUGUUCUGUCACUCUCCAGCCAGGGCCCAAUGAUACUGGCAAGGCCUGUGGUGUGGACUUUGAGGUUAAAGGAUUUUGUGCUGAAAACUUGGAAGAGAAAAUACAUAAGAGGAAUUCUGUGCGGUUGGUGAUAAGAAAGGUCCAGUUUGCACCCGUCAACCCAGGUCCUGCACCAAAGUCUGAGAUCACUAAGCAAUUCAUGAUGUCUGACAAGCCCUUGCAUCUUGAGGCAACCCUGGACAAGGAGAUUUAUUACCAUGGAGAUCCAAUUGGAGUUAAUGUCAAAAUUAACAAUACCACCAGCAAAGUUGUAAAGAAAAUUAAGAUAUCAGUUGAGCAACUCACAGAUGUGGUUCUCUAUUCUCUGGACAAAUAUACAAAAACUGUGUGUUCUGAGGAGAUCAGUGAGACUGUGGCUGCCGAGUCUACUUUCUCCAAAAGCUACUCUGUGACCCCUACCUUAUCCAACAACCGUGAAAAGCGUGGCCUGGCACUGGAUGGCAAACUCAAGCAUGAGGAUACAAACCUGGCUUCUAGUACCAUUCUGAGGCCUGGGAUGGACAAGGAAGUUCUUGGGAUUCUUGUGUCCUACAAAGUCAAAGUCAACUUGAUGGUAUCCAGAGGAGGCAUCCUGGGGGAUCUCACUUCAAGUGACAUCUGUGUGGAACUGCCACUCAUUUUGAUGCACCCCAAACCUGAAGACCUUACACCAAGGAGUGAGGAGGACAUUGUGAUUGAGGAGUUUGCUCGCCAGAAGAUCAAGGGAGAGCCAGAUGAUGAAGAGGAGAAGGAAGAAGAGGACAAAGAAGAAAGUUAAUUUGCUGCCCUGCUAGACAGUAACCUUUCAACAGUAUGCUAUACCCAAAAUUCUGAGGGCAAAAAUCUUUGAGGACACUUCCUUGUGUAUUUGCUGUCCAUUAAAAAAGCAUCAAAGUUUCAUCAGUUCUAGUAAUAAAGGUGCAAAGUUAUGUCAUAGAGCUCUAA